GCGCGCGAGGGGGUGAUGGCGGCCGGGAAAGCCCUCCCUCCUCUGGCCCCGCCCCCCAGCAGCUGUCGGCAGCCAUGCCCGAAGAUGACGGAGCCCGCCGCCGCCGCCGCCGCCGCGGUGGUGCUGGAGGGGCAGCUGAAGUGGCGGGAGGGGAAGAAGUGGAAGAGCCGGUGGCUGGUCCUGCGCAAGCCGUCUCCGGUGGCCGACUGUUUGCUCCUGCUGGUGUACAAGGAGAGGGCUGAGCGCUUGAGAGGGCUGAAGGAGAGGAGCAGUGUGACCCUGGAGGACAUUUGCGGCUUGGAGCCCGGCCUUUGUUACGAUGGGCUAACCCACACCCUGGCCAUCAUCUGCCUCACCCAGGUGGUCAUGCUGGGCUUUGAGAGCAAGGAGACCAUGCACCUCUGGGAUCUGCACGUCCGCUACAGUUUAGGGGAAGUCCACAGGUUUCACGUUAUCGUAGCGCCUGGAACCAAGCUGGAAAGUGGCCCAGCGACUCUUCACUUCUGCAACGACAUGCUAGUCCUAGUGAAAGAUGUCCCACCAGUUAUUAUGGGUCAGUGGAAGCUUUCGGAACUACGGCGCUAUGGGGCCGUUCCUAACGGAUUUGUUUUUGAAGGCGGGACACGAUGCGGCUUCUGGGCCGGCGUCUUUUUCCUCUCUUGCACGGAAGGAGAAAAAAUCAGCUUUCUCUUUGACUGCAUUGUUCACGGCAUCUCUCCGACCAAAGGCUUCCGGCGGGUGCUACCAGACCCCAGUGUGAGUCCCGCCUGCAUGGAAGAAAGGGUGGCCUACGAGGCUUCGAAGUUGGAGAAGCGCCUCAGCCUGCUUUCCCACGGCGGCAGCCACGGCAGCGGAGGGGAUGACCGGAGCUUGUCGAGUGCAUCCUCGGACACCAGCCACUCCGACCCCAGCAUUGGCAGCAGGUUGACCCUCUGGCCGGAGCAGUCCUCCGCCGGGACUUCCCAGGAGUCGCGUGGACCGGCUGCAGCCGUCGCCACAGAAACGCUGCAGUCCGAAGGAACCCAGGGGGCUAGCAAGCCACCCCCCAGCCUCCUGCGCUGCAGGCAGCUCCAAGAAAUUGGCCGCCAGAGCUCGUCCGACAGCGGGAUAGCAACCGGCAGUCACUCCUCGUAUUCCGGAAGCUUCUCUUCCUACACGGGGAGCCUGGACAUUUGCCACGGGGAUGAGUUCGGCUCUCUGCUGAACCUCUCGCUCAGCUUCCCUUCCGACCGGAAUGUUUGCAGCUGCCCCGGCCCGGAGUACCAGGCCCCCAGCUGGCUACGGCACACCUACGAUACGCCCCGGAGUUUGCUCGCCACACCUACGGCGGGCCUUCUCGCCUCUGCUACAGAGGCCGGCCCGUCCAAGGGCCAGACCCUCAAAGGGGACAUGAAACAGCCGGCCUCGCAUCUGGAGAGAGAAGCCGCUUCCAGGCCAAGCCAGGAAAAGGACUCACAGGGCGUCUUCCCCCUGGGAAGCACCAAAGGCCCCUUCCCGGAGAUGCAGCUCAGGCAGCCAGUGCAGGGCCAGGACCGUGGAGGGCCCGAGGCUGCUCCGUGCGGGGCCGUCUCCAGCCAUCCUUGCGAACUGUGCAGCUCCCCUUCCGAGGCAAAGCCAGCUCUCUUCCCGUCUUGCCCGGUCUGUGGUGGGAUACAGGAAACUUCAAUUUUAUCGUCUCAAAUCUUCACAGCUAAUCUAGGCUCAGCUGCUACUUAUCUGACCGUUGUCUGGUCUGCCUCCCGCUCCCACGGCCAUCCCCACAGACUUCGCCUCUGUUUAUUUCCUGCAGAACUGCCGCUUUCCGAGCAAUGGCACGGCGACACGGCGACGUACGUGAAUAUCCCUACAAGUCCCACCGCCAAGAAGCAACUCCAUUACAUGGAGGUGGAGCUUCAGGAGCCCAGCGCAGGCAUUCGGGGCAGUGAAACCACAAAAUAUGCCCAGAUUGAUAUCACCGCUACAGAGACGGCCCAUAAAGUGGGCAGCCAGCACGCUCACUUCCGAGAGGAACGUCUGCAGGAACUGGAGCAGCAGCAGCAGAAGAAAGACGGACCGCCUGGUUCUUCCUAAGGGGGCAGAAAUUCACCCCCUGCCCACCUAGGGCCUACCUGCCCUCGCUCUCUUAAAUGCAGCCCCGGUGCUCAGAUCAGGACCAGAUUCAUUCCAGUGGACUCACACUUCCAGCAGGAAAACCGGUAGCACUGCCUGAUGUGUGCCCAAGCCACCCAAGGGUCAACGUAAGGCACGCGAGGCGUCAGAUUCCGAAAACUGUUAAAUUGAGGCAUUUCAAGGAUUCCGAGAAAAGGGAAAUUGAAUGAAAUAGGCAAUACAGUGUACGUAUUGAUCAGAUUGUUUUUCUUCAGAGCCAAGAUGGCUUUCGGGGUUAUAUAUUUUAUUUUAUUUUUAUUUUAUUUUCCCAAAAAGCCGAAGGACGCAUCUGCGUGAUUAUGACCAGGCUGUGGGACGAAGAGUGAGCAAGCAUUAAACAAACAAACAGUUUUAUUUGGCAUUCUUUGGUUUAGGAGUUAUCGGCGACUUCUGGCUGGGAUGCACUGGCGUCCUUCCACUUGUAAGAGGAGGGGGUUCUCCAAACUUGGUAAGGCUUUAAAGACCUGGGGACUUCAACUCCAUACUGGCUGGAGGAAUUCUGGGAGUUGAAGUCCCCCAGUCUUAAAAGUUGCCAAAUUCGGAGACUCCUCCCCAUUGUACAGUAACUGUUUUUCCAGAAGAUGUACAGGAAGUGGAUGUUUGUUUGUUUUUUUUGUGGAUUCUGCAUUCCCAGGAAAUGCAUCUCCCAUGCAGAUCAGGAAGUGUGUGGGGGAGGGGUUUUUUCUUUCCUUUUGCUUGGAUCAAAGGCUGAUCAUGUGCAGGAAAAGAACACCCUUGCAUUCCCAGCCGAAGCAACUGGUCUUUAUUAUUUAUCUGUAUUAUGAAACAGUGAAGUAGCUUUAGCUGUUCUUAAAGGCUUCCCCAGUGUCCAUGAUGAAAGCUGCAAUUCUUUCUGUUUUAUAGCUACAUGCAUUGAUCUGCAAGACCACCACAGCUAGUAGUAUUACAGAUGCCUCAUUGCAAAGCUCCAGAACGCCCCUCAGGUGGUUUUCCAUUGACCUCCCUCCCCCCCCCCUUGCCAUCAGUCACCUUCUGUUCUUUUCCCUAUGGUAUCACCUCACCAGCUCCCAUCCACCUGGAUAGCCCUUUGGCCUCUUGCAGGUGGCCACCCCACCUUCCACAUUUAGGGGUGACCGCAAGGUACAAAACAGUCAGCAUAACGUGCCAUCUCUUUUCUAUGCACGUAAAAAACAGAUGGAGCCAAUAUCACUUAGGACUUAUAUACCGCUUCACAGUGCUUCACAGCCCUCUCUAAGAGGUUUACAGAGUCAGCAUCUUCCCUCCAACAAUCUGGGGUCUUCCUUUUACCGACCUCGGAAGGAUGGAAGGCUGAGUCGACCUCCAGCCGGUCAGGGUCGAACUUCCUGGCUGUGGGCAGAGUCAGCCUGCAAUGCUGCAUUCUAAGCCCUGCAACGUCAUGAUCCAAGGGGUGUCCUUUGAGGCAGCUGCUGUGGGUGCCUUAGAGGAUGUAGCCCUCUCUAAGCGGUUUACAGAGUCCGCCUCUUGCCCCCCGACAAUCUGGGUCCUCGUUUUACCCACCUCAGAAGGACGGAAGGCUGAGUCAACCGUGAGCCGGUCAGGAUCGAACUUCUUGACUGUGGGCAGAGUCAACCUGCAAUACCGCAUUCUAACCACUGCGCCACCACAGCUCUUCUCCUGGUCGAAGGAACCCUCAAAAAUGGAGGCAGGAUAUGGUCAGAGGACUGAAGGGUGAAAAGACCGGUUGCUCCCACCUUGCAGCAGAUAAUUGGGGUGUCUCAAGACUGCAGCUAAUUUGAGGCAUCAAGCUAACCACUUUAGGGCAGGGGGUCCCCAAACCCCCGGUCUAUGGACCAGCGCCGGGCUGUGUCAUGCCAGAAACUGGGCAUGCUAUGUAAACAAGUGAGCCCCAUCCUUGGGAGGCAGGCAGCUUGCGAAACCACGCUGCCUCUCUUUCUUUCCUUCCUUCCUUCCUUCCUUUCUUCUCUCCUCCUCCCCUUCCUUCCUUCCUUUCUUUCUUUCUUUCUUUCUUCUCCUCCUCCUCCUCCCCUUCUUUCCUUCCUUCCUUCCUUCUCCUCCUCCCCCCACUGUUUUAGGGGCAGGAGGAACAAAUAGAGAGCAGAAGCUGCUCUUGUUAUCUGACCAGGGAGUUACGCUCUGCAGAAACCUGUUAAAAUACAGCAUUUGCAACAAAAAUAAUGCAGAUCGAUAGCUUCUAGUUCAUUUAGCUGCUUUGGCUGGGUUUUUGAAAAAUAGCAUGCGUGAUCAUCUCAUUUUUUUUUUUAACCUGUUCCAUUUUCCAUCUUUUUUUGUGCACAAUCUCAUUUCCUCCGCAGCAAAGGCCUGAUUUCCUUUGGGGCCAAGAGAGCCCCCAUCAACGGCGGGAUGUUCGGUCCACGUUCUGCCCCUAUAGAAACGGGGUUUCCCUAUUUUACUUCAUCACAUACGUAGUUCUUAUUCUAGUCCGGCAUUUGAGAAACAGUCUCACGUUUUUACCAAAUAGCGCAAAGAAUUACGGUGCCUGUAGAGAAACACGGAUUGAAUUUUAUCUCCGAAGUGUCCUUCCGAUGCCGAAAUAAAAACGUAAAAUCACGA